UUUCGGAGUCCUGCGUACAAAAAGGCUCUGGUCGUGCUGAGAGUUUGUUUUGUAGUUGGGAAUGUCCUUUGGUGUGUGCUAACCCCAGUGUUUGGUAGUAGUCAAGCUGAUGAGCCCGCGGCGCGUCGUGUCUCUUCGCACAGCACAUAAUUGAGUAACAAUUUAUUGGAGCAGAGAGAAGGGCGCGCUAGCUAGCGCACUGCAGGAAUUUUCAGACGAGAUAGCCCACUGAGAUACAAGCACAGCGGGCGACACGUGGUGAGCGACAGAAGGCUGAGCGAGCACGGCAGGUCAGCAAAGACACGCUAAGUCACGCUAAGACCCGCUAAGAUCCGAGAGGCAUUGUCCAGGAUAGCGUUGAUCAAACAUGGAUGUGGUGAAUAUCACCUACACUGGUGCCUGUGCCCUGCCCACGGUUUCACCGCUAUGUGCCAAGCUGGAGGGCUACUGGCAGCAGGAGUGGGAGGCUAAGAAAGAUGCCAGGGUGGCUGAUUGGGCUCUGAUGGACUCGCCUCUUCCCACUCUCCUCCUCACGUUAGCGUAUCUCGUCUUUGUACGGCUGGUUCCCGUAAUGAUGGAGAAGCGCAAGGCGUUUGAGCUUCGCACAUCAAUGGCCGUCUAUAAUCUCGCAAUGGUCAUCUUCAAUCUUUACAUGAUGCUAGAGUUCUAUGGCUCUACUCGGCACCUCUCCAAUCGUUUCUGCUUACCCAUCGACUACAGCAACGACCCGCAAGCUGUGAGACUGGCGCACGUAUGCUGGUACUACUACAUAUCAAAGCUGCUGGAAUUUACCGACACGGUGAUGUUUAUUCUGCGUAAGAAGAAUGGCCAGGUGACGUUCCUUCAUGUCUACCACCAUAGUACGAUGUUCAUGCUAUGGUACAUUGGUGUCAAGUGGGUGGCUGGUGGAUUGUCGUGGUUUGGUGCCUGCUUGAACUGUGGCAUCCACGUGAUCAUGUAUCUGUACUACUUCCUGGCUGGCCUGGGCCCAGGGUUCCGCAAGUACCUCUGGUGGAAGAAGUACAUGACUACAUUCCAACUGACUCAGUUCUUCAUCUGCCUCGUGCACGGCAUCUACUCCUUCUACAAUCGCUGCGACUUCCCUUUCGGCAUCCAGAUAGCAUACUGUAUCUACAUAUCUAGCCAUGUUGCGUUGUUUGGAAACUUCUACAAAAAGGCCUAUCUGAAGAAGACACCGCAAUCAGCCACCGCAAAACAGAAUGGGGUCAAGACAGAAUGAUGCCUUCUGCGGUCGGGAGUGGUGCCGUGGCCCGAUGCCAAUGGCGCUUCUCUCGCUUUAUCUCUCUCUCGUUUUCUCUUUCUCUCCCCCCCCCCCCCUUCUCUCUCUCACUCACCCCAUCUCUCCCCAAUGUUCCCAGUCCUCAUCGGAAAACAUCUCGAACUCUUUGCUAGAAUUACCUAACAUAUUCCUAUACUCAUGUACUAUUUCUGGUCAACGCAAUAGAUGUAAUUUUUUCUGGUUAGAACAGGCGACGCAGAGACAAAAACAA